ACUUGUCAACUAUGAUGCAAUAUUUUUAGUCAAAUUUAAAAAAGUGGAUAAACAUUUUGCUGAUAUAAUCUAUAUGAAUAAGGUAACUUUAUUAAAAAAAAGUUGUUUACAACUACUGUUUAAAUAAUCCGUUUUUGCGCAAUUUGCGACUUAGCAAUUAUUCAAUAAGUUUGUAUUAUUUUGCAUACACUUUGUAUACAUUAGUAAACAUGUCAGUCAGGUCAUGACAUGUGGUAGCACCAUGGCGUCUCUCAGUUUUUAUCUUUUCUAUUAAUUUCAAUAACAAUUUAUUAACAACAAAUAGUUAAGUGCUAAACUAAGAAUUAUGCGACAAUGGUAUCGCUAUACAACGAAAUACAUUUUUGGAGCACACACGAAGACAUCUUCAUAUCGCCAAGCGAUUUUACCAGCACAAAAUUUUUAACUAGAAAAGAUGCAAGCAAUACUGAAUGUAAAACAACCUACUUCACAAAAAGAGGCUUUAAGGUCAUCCUUCCAAACAAGAGACCUGAAAAACUCAGAGAUAAGCUACAAGAGUUUGAAGAAGCUUUACAACUUCACACAAUUGUAACUUAUAACCAAUCAGAUAACCUCAUCCAAUUUUUACUCUCAAAAGGACUUAUUAUCAAUGUAAAACUCAGUCAGAAUGGUGACCUUUCUGAAAUCAACUUUGACAAAACUCUUGUUCCAAAGGUGCAAUCAGAUUACAUUGUGGAUGGAAUCAUCAACCAAAAUCAGGUGGUUGCAUCAUGCAAAGACAAUAAAAUUAUAGGAUAUAGUGAUAUUUCAAAAGAGUGGACAAUUGAAAGUGCCUUUAGAAGAAAUAUCAAUGUCUAUGGUGAAUGGUUGGUUUGUUGGGGCAGAGCAGAGAAUGAUCACCCACAACCAUGGAGUCCACUUGCCAAGGAUCACCAGAGGGCAAACAUCCAUUUAUACUGGAUUGGCUCUAGAGGACCAGAUCUUUUAUCUCAUAAGAAAACUGAAGGUGAACCUAUCAAAGUCAUUGUGAGCAAGAAAGCACACAGAAGUUUGAUUCUGGUUGAACAGAAGGUUAGUCAGAAAGGUGCUGUGUCUGUAGAAGUUUCAGUAUUGGAGUUAGUUGGCAGUACACUAAAAAGAAACAUGGUUACAUUGAUGCCACUGCAGACACAGGUAUGUUGCUCAAGUUUAAGUCACAAUGAAUCAUUCUUAUUGAUUGGAUGCAUUGAUGGCUCAUUGGCAUUGCUAGACAGGAAUCGUGGUUCUACACGAACCAUUAAAAAUUCAUUCAUUCCAACGUACUUAACGUUUCAUGAGAGCGAAACAAUUGCGGUGGUUAUGAACGAACGGGGGUACCUGCAGUAUUAUGACAUUGCUUUAAACUGCCUCACAGUGCAGAUGAAUAACGACGAAGGUCCGAUUGGGAUUUUAGAUAUUUCGAAAUAUUUUGAAGAUCAACGUGUGGUUGAGUCGGUCUAUUGGGGAACCGGUGACAUUUUUAUAUCGAUGGAUAGUGGACCAUUGGUUCUGGUGAGGCAUGUAAAGGAGUCGUUGAGAUUUGUCUCGUUGAUUCAGAUGUACCUGCAUGCACAUAAAAUUGACAAAGCGAUAAGUUUGCUUUUGUCUUGGGAGUUUAAUGAAGCAGCUUUUAAUGCGCUGCAAAGAAUAGUGGCGCAGAUUUUGAGAACACCACUGAAUGAAACCACCGCGAAGCUUUUACAGGAAGCUUUAGGUAGUUAUCAUAGUCCGCCUGUACCUCUGAGUGCAGAAGUCCGUCACACUUACGGAUUGCAAGUGAAAUCACUAACAAGAAGGUUUUUUCAUCAAUUAGUGCGAACGAAAAUGUUUGAAACCGCUUUUCUUCUGGCGGUUGACUUGGGACAUCAUGAUUUGUUCAUGGAUUUACAUCACAUUGCUGUGGAUCUGGGUGAAACUGAAAUGGCAGCCGCUGCAAGAGCGCAAGCGUCCAGUAUUCUCAGUCAAUGUUCAAGUGAAGCUUCGAAUUGUUCCCGUACAUCUUGUUCUCAAUGUCUUGACUCAUCAAGCGAAGAAGAAUCUCUUCGUGAAGAUACUCAAGAAAAUAGUGAUUAUCUCAGCACGAAUUUCAACAAUCCUGUCCCGAAAACUUACAAACCAGCCUACGUUCCGCCCAUUCCUAAUAUAGACCUUCCAAAAAUCAAAUUACCAAGUAAGUCAACCAUUCCAACACCUCCUUUACCCAUGGCAAGCUUUAAUAGUAUUGGUAUUCCAAUUACAACCGCCAAUCAUCAUCCUUUACCAUUUCAUCCAAAUAUUACACCCGUACCACCACCAAGAGUCCCUUUUUUACCUCCUCGGUUUAAUAUUAACACAUUGAAUACUCUAAACACACCAGUUUUUAAUACUUUAAACACACAAUCUGAGAAUCGAUUUAUACCGAUUCCUAUUGGAUCGGUAUCUGCUAGUGUUUUAAAUCCCAAUUUGGGUGUAACUACAGGAUCAGGUCUAGGGUUAGGGUCGACUCCUGCACAUACAUCAAGAAUUCUUACACCUCCAUUGCCACAAACCACCAUUCCGCUAAUUCCUAAUAUUUUACACCCACUAAAUCCUGCAAAUCUCAAUCCUCAGACUGCUGUCCCCCAAGUUGUAAGCGCGAGUACAACGAAUACAAAUGGUAACAAUGCCAAUACUUCAUCGAGUGGAAUAACACAAAACCAACUGAAGAAACCACAACCCAAAGUUAAAUUCUCCGACACGGUGACGGCAUUUAUUGUGCCAGAGGUAAAACGUCCUGUAAGACAUCCGCCGCCUGCGCAUGUAAUGGAUCCACAAAAAGAACUCGCUGAUAGCUUGCCGUUGUGUCAUCCUAAUGAGGAAUACUUAAAAGAUUUCACACCAAUUCGUAGAGAUUCGAAUGAUAGCCCGCCCCCUCAACCACAGCCGAAAAUUACUGUGGUACAUUUUGGUGUGGUGUGAUUUAUUUGACAUUUACGCAAUAAUCCGUCCGUAUUAGUUCGUUUCACGAACAACGAAUAUUACAUAUGAAAACUCUAUUUAUUCAGAUAUUUAAUGUUAAUUUAUAUUAUGUAUUUGCCUAUUUUUAUACACUGAAGAUAUUUUACUA